AUGCCUGAGCAGGAAGCCCCCUACGACCCCUACAUUCCCAGUGGCCAGCAGGGCCAGCAACAGCAGGGUCAAGGCACCGCGAGGACACAGGCGCUGCAGGCUCAAAUCGAUGACACCGUUGGUGUGAUGCGCGAUAACAUUAACAAGGUCUCUCAGCGUGGCGAACGUCUCGAUGCUCUCCAGGACAAGACGGACAACCUGGCCGUCUCCGCACAGGGCUUCCGUCGCGGAGCCAACAGAGUCCGCAAGCAGAUGUGGUGGAAGGAUAUGAAGAUGCGAAUGUGCCUAAUUGUCGGCAUCAUCAUUCUGCUCGUCAUCAUUAUCGUUCCAGCCGUUGUUGCUACUCGCUGA